AUGAUGAUGUUUGAGGACAUGGGAUUCUGUACCGAUUUUGACUUUUUCUCCUCAGCUCCCAUUAAGGAUCCCGAACCCAUGGAUCCAUUGGGGCCCAGGCCCGAGCCCGAGACCGAGACUAUAGCGGAGGACGACUUCACGGAUGACGAUAUAGACGUGGAUGAGCUGGAGAGGAGAAUGUGGCGCGACAAGAUGCGGCUCAAGCGGCUGAAGGAGACGAGUAAAGGGAUGAAGGAGGGCCCAGACUCGGCCCGUCAGCGUCAGUCCCAGGAGCAGGCUCGGCGGAAGAAGAUGUCACGGGCUCAGGACGGGAUCCUCAAGUACAUGCUCAAGAUGAUGGAGGUAUGCAAGGCCCAGGGCUUCGUGUAUGGGAUUAUCCCCGAGAAGGGCAAGCCUGUGAGUGGGGCCUCUGACAACCUGCGCGAGUGGUGGAAGGAUCGAGUCCGCUUUGAUCGCAAUGGUCCAGCUGCCAUUGCCCGCUACCAGUCCGAGAACGGGCUCGGGGCCAGGGACGAGUCCUCUGGGCCCACGGGCCCCACUCCCCACACGCUGCAGGAGCUCCAGGAUACGACCCUCGGCUCCCUCCUCUCGGCUCUCAUGCAGCACUGCGACCCCCCGCAAAGGCGUUUCCCUCUCGAGAAGGGAUUGUCCCCUCCAUGGUGGCCAACGGGCCACGAGGAGUGGUGGGUCCAGCUGGGCCUGCCGGUUGACCAGCAGGGCCCACCGCCCUACAAGAAGCCGCAUGACUUGAAGAAGGCUUUCAAGGUUGCGGUGCUGACGGCUGUGAUCAAGCACAUGUCGCCUGACAUUGCCAAGAUCCGGAAGCUCGUGAGGCAAUCUAAGUGCCUCCAGGACAAGAUGACCGCCAAGGAGAGCGCCACCUGGCUUGCUAUCAUCAACCAUGAGGAGAGACUGGCCCGUGAGCUCUACCCCGACAGGGUCCCGUCCCAGAACGAGACCUUUAUUUACGACAGCAGCGAUUACGAUGUUGAGAUUGUAGACCAAAAGUCUCUGUUGAGUGUCACAAAAGAUGAGGCUGUCAGGAACAACAGCGUGGACUUCUCGAGGAAGAGAAAAUCAGGGAUGGAGCAGAUGAAUGGGCGCGGGGUUUACACGUGCAUAUACCCACGGUGCCCGCACGGGGAUAUCCGUCACGGCUUUCACGACCGGGCCACGAGGGACAAUCAUCAGCUCUCAUGCCCAUAUGGUCCGGCAAAGACUUUCAGUCCUGCAAAUUUCAACAUUGACGAAGUCAAGCCAAUAAUAUUCCCUCAAACUGUUGUCCAGCCAAAACCGACCCCACCUCCGCCGCCGUUCAACCUGUCGGGAGUCGGGGUUACUGAGGACGGGCAAAGGAUGAUAACGGAGCUUAUGUCCAUGUAUGAAGGAAAUUCUCAACCAAACAGAAACGGACCAGUUACGAACCAGCAGCCUCUUAGUCAACUCGCGUGCCAACAGGACGGGUGUAUGGGCGGACGAGGGUUUGAUCAGUGCAGGAUCAUGAGUUCACCGUUUACUGCCAACACUACCGAUAAUUUCCAGAUGAUGUUUGGAUUGCCGCUCAAUAUGUCCUCAUUCGACUACGCGGAUGGGUUUUCUGAGAUCAAGAAUGAUAACGCGUCGCAACAGGACGUGAUGAGUUGGUACUAA